UAAAGAGUGGUAUAAUAUGAAGUAGAAAAAUAAGAAACCAAUAUCAGAACUUUUGAAGUAAAAAAGAAUAGCUGAAUAAUAAACAUAACUUCCCUUAUAACCUUCUUCACCUCCAUCUCGAUCAUCUUCAUCGUGCUCGUCUAAAUCAUCAAAUCCAUAUGAAUCAAGUAGUGAUGCUGAAGAUUACGAGGAUUAUAAAAAAGAUGGUUAUCAUCCUGUAAGUAUUGGUGAUAAAUUUCAUAAUGGAAGAUUUUAAGUUAUUCAAAAAUUAGGAUGGGGACACUUUUCUACAGUUUGGUUAGCUCAUGAUAAAUAAUCAUAAACACAUGUUGCAUUAAAAAUAUAGAAAAGCAAAUAAAGUUAUUAAGAAAGUGCAAUUGAUGAAUUAGAACUUUUAAAGUAUUGCAUUAAAAUUAAAUUAGGGAUUUAUAGAAACAUUAAAAGGAUGAAAAAUGGAUCUAAUAUCAAGAAUAAUUGUCUUAAAUUCCGAAAUUAGAUUAUUCAUCUUUAAAAUGGUGUGAUUCAAAUAUUAAAAAUACAGAACAAGAUCUAGACAUCAAAGUAAAAUUGAAUGAAACAUAUUGUGUUGAAAUGGUUGACAAUUUUAUUCAUUAUGGAAUGCAUGGAAAACAUUAUUGUACAGUUUUUGAAGUUUUAGGACCAUCUUUACUUGAUUUGAUUAUACACUUUGAUGAUUACGAUAAAUUAAUGGCUAUGUGGUUAGUAAAGUAAAUUACUAGAGAACUUUUAAUAGGAUUAGUUUAUAUGCAUGAAGUAUGUAACAUGAUCCAUACUGAUUUGAAACCUGAAAAUAUUAUGCUUUAAUUAAAACCAUAACAUUUUGGAGAAUUUGUAGAAUAAAUGAAAAUGGUUAAAAAAAAACCUUUAAGUAUGAAAUUUUUAGAUAAAUUAAAAAAAUCUAUUAAACCAACUAAUAAAAAAUAAGAAAAAAGAAAAAAAUAAAAAUAAAAAAAAUUAUAAUAAUAAUAAUAAGAAAAAGAUUAGGAGAUAUAAAAUUCAUCAGAAUAACCAUAAUAAUAAAUAAAAUAAAAUGAAUAAGAAAAUGUAUAACUAUAAUAAUCAGAAUAACAAUCAUAAUAAUAAUCAAAAUAACAAUAAUUAUUAUAAUAAUCAGAAUAAAAAUAAGAAUAAUAACUAGAAUAAUAGUAAACAAUUGUAGAUAAUUAGAAAAAUUAAGAAAUUAAUAAUAAUAGUAAUUUUAUUAAAUAAAAUAUUUCAGAAGAUUAAUUAUUAAAAGAAAAUAUUACUUAAGAAGAUUUAAAGUAAAAUUCUACUAAUAACAAACCAAAUAAUAAUUUUAUUUAACUUGAACCAAUAACUGAUGAAGAAUCUCAAUAAAUAGAUAAUGUAGAAACAAAUUAAAUUUAAGUUAAAGAAUAGGGGGAUCUUGAUAAAAAUAGUAAAGAUUAAUUAUAAAAGGAAGAAAUUCAUCAUGUUCAUAAAUAGAGAAAUUUGCAAAAGGAAAAAGAAAAAGCUAUGAAAGACAAAAAGAAAAGUCACAGUGAAGAAAAUGAAAUUUCAUCAGAUGAAGAUAAUUAUGAUUGGAAAUCAGAAGAUUAAAGUGAAGGAUCAGAAUCAAAUGAAGUAGAUGAAGAAACUUUAUAUACUUUGAAGUAAUAUAGUUAUAUUGAUUAUCAGAUGGAAAGAACAUAUAAAAAUAAAGUUAGACAGAGAUUUAUCAAUAAAGAUUGUUGAUUUUGGAAAUGCUUGUUGGACUCAUAAACAUUUUACUGAUAAUAUUCAAACAAGAGAAUACAGAGCACCAGAAGCCAUUUUGGGAAUUGAAUAUGAUACAAGUACAGAUAUCUGGAGUACAGCAUGUAUUGUGUUUGAAUUACUUACAAAUGAUUAUUUAUUCAGACCUAGAAAAGGAAAAGGUUUCAAAAAAUCUGAAGAUCAUUUAGCUUAAAUGAUGGAAGUUUUAGGGAAAAUGAAUAAAAAAUGGGCGUUAAGUGGUUCUAAUAGUAGAGAUUUCUUUAAUAAAACUGGUUAGUUAAUUAAUAUCAAGGUAUAUACUUAAAUUUAUUUAGGAUUUGCAUCCAACAUCUAUAAGUAAGAUUUUAAUGUCAGAAUAUGGUUUUUCAUAUUAAGAUGCAAAUUAAAUUGAGGAUUUCCUUGUUCCAAUGUUAGCAUUUGAACCAAAGAAAAGAAUUACUGCUAGAUAAGCUCUUUAGCAUCCUUGGCUUUGGUCUAAAUGAUUUAUAAAAUGUGAUAUAUUCCAUAAAAAU